CUGGUGACGUCACAGCCGGUCUCUAUAUCCAGUUUAAAGAUGGCGCCUUUGCACGUACUGGUAUGCUGUCAGCGGGGUUUAGCAUGGAUACCUGUUAUUUUCAUCAACUUGGUGGUUUGCUGGUCGUAUUACGCUUACGUGGUGGAGCUCUGCAUCUACACAAUCCCUAACACUGAAGAGCAAGUUAUCUAUCUGGUAGUCUUUCAUAUAUGCUUUGUAUUGUUCAUGUGGUCAUACUGGAAGACCAUAAUUUCUAAACCCAGCAACCCUUCAAAAGCGUUCUCUUUACCAAAAGCAGAAAAAGAGGAGUAUGAAAAAGAAGAAAGACCAGAGGCCCAGCAGGAGAUCCUGAAAAAAGUUGCCAGAAGUUUGAGCAUAUGCACAUGUACUGGAUCUGGAGCCAUCCGUUACUGUAAUCGAUGUCAGGUAAUCAAACCGGACAGAUGCCAUCAUUGCUCUACAUGUGACAAGUGUGUAUUGAAGAUGGAUCAUCAUUGCCCCUGGGUCAAUAACUGUGUGGGCUUCUCAAACUACAAAUUCUUUGUGUUGUUCCUGGCCUACUCCAUGCUGUACUGCAUUUUCAUUGCAUCCACAGUCCUACAAUAUUUCAUUAUGUUCUGGACCAAUCAGCUGCCAGACACUCAUGCUAAGUUCCACGUGCUGUUCCUCUUCUUUUUGGCGGCCAUGUUCUUCAUCAGCAUCCUCUCACUGUUCAGCUACCAUAUCUGGCUCGUGGCCAAGAACAGGACCACUAUAGAGGCUUUCAGAGCCCCAGUGUUCAGAAACGGUGCUGAUAAAAAUGGCUUUACUCUGGGCUACUACAAAAAUUUUGCCCAGGUUUUUGGAGACCAAAAGAAAUACUGGUGCUUGCCUAUUUACUCGAGCUUGGGAGAUGGUUGUACUUUUCCUGCUCGAUUAUUCAACAGUGAUGCUGAACAGGGCAUUGUAGACCACCAGACCAACACAAAAUGUGCUGUGGAUGGACAGCUAAACAGCAGACCUCUCAGCGAGUCACAGAAUCAUCUCCUAAACCGUAAUGUCUCCUUGGAUGAGCAAGACUACAGUACUACAAACACUGGUAAUGGUCUAACAGUCACGGUUUCCACCAAGAGGGAGUCCUAACCAGUACCUCAGGAUGAGACAUGAUUAUUCUGAUCUCAUGGGAAUGUUGCACUCCUCUUUUAAAGACUUCAUUCAACAGAUUACAGAGCCAAAAACCUUCCUUAAGCUGCAGCUUCCUCCCGUGUGCAACUGGUAAACAGUGAACCCACAUGAAAAACCCAUAUACUCUGAACUUCACAUCACACGUGAUUAUCACCAAAUUUUUCACUGUUCUAACAGGAGCUUUGACUAAAUACUCCAAUUUUAUUACAUGCUACACCUACUAUUUGGGCUGAUGCUUUGCAUUUUUAUUGUGACUUUUUUUUUUUUUAGGUUGGAUAUAGCUAUAGUAUUUUCACCUCUGGUAUUAUUUUGCAGGAUUAAAAAAUAGAUUGCAGAUGUUUAUAAAACUAGAGUAUUACACCCCAAUUCCAAAAAAAAGUUGGCACAGUUUUUGAAACUGUUUUGGACAUUUGAAAAUUCAAUUCACACUGUACUAUAUUGAAAACACAUUAUUUGAUGUUUUACUUUGUGAAUUUAAUUUAUUUUUGAAAAUAUACACUCAUUUCAAAUCUGAAGACUGGAACACACUCCAAAAAAGUUGGGACAGUUGACUGUUUACCACUGUGUAACAUCACCUUUUCUUUUAAUAAAACUUAUUAAGCAUUUGGGAACUGAAGACACCAGUUGGUUAAGUUGAGCAAGCGGAAUUUUCCCCCAUACAUCCAUUAUGCAUUUCUUCAGCUGCGCAACUGUAUGGGGCCUUCGUUGCCUUAUUUUGCGCUUCAUAAUGCACCACACAUUCUCAAUCGGAGACAGGUCAGGACUGCAGGCAGGCCAUGCUAGCACCCACACUCUCUGCUUAUGCAAUCAUGCACUUGUAAUCUGGGCAGAAUGUGGUUUGGCUUUGUCCUGCUGUGGAUGGCAGCAUAUGUUGCUCCAAAAUGUGUACACAUCUUUCUGCAUUAAUGGUGCCCUGAGAGAUGUGCAACUUAUCCAUGCCAUGACAGACGCUGGCUUUUGCACCUGACGCUGGUAACAGCUUGGAAGUUCCUUUUUCUCUUUGGCCUGGAGAACGCAUUGGCUGUUUUGUCCAAAAUCUAUUUGAAAUGUUGACUCGUCGGACCACAAAACACGUUUCCACUGUUCUACUGUUCAUGUCAGAUGAGACCAAGUCCAGAGAAGUCGGAGGCACUUCUGGACAGUGUUGAUGUAUGGCUUUGCAUAGUAAAGCCUUCACUUGCAUCUGUGGAUGCAGCAGCUAAUGGUGUUGACUGACAAAAGUUUACCAAAGUAUUCCAUGUCAGGAUAGCCAUUACAGACUCAUGACGGUUUUUAAGACAGUGACAUCUGAGGGACCGGAGAUCAUGCGCAUUCAGAAGUGGUUUUUGUCCUUGCCCUUUAUGUACUAAGAUUUGACCGGAUUCCUUGAAUCUUUUAAUUAUAUUGUGCACUGUAGAAGGUGAAAUGCCUAAAAUUCUACCAAUUUGUCUUUGGGGAAUGUUGUUCUCAAAGUGUUUGAUUAUUUGCUGAUGGCGAGUCUCGACCCAUCCUUGCUCUUUAAGGACUUUUUUGGAGGCUCCUUAUAUACUAUGAUUAGAUGAUUGCCUCACUUGUUUCACAUCACCACCUUAUUUCAACUUGUCACAUGGCUAUUAGUCCUAAAUUGCCCCUGUCCCAACUUUUUUGGAACGUAUUGCAUGCAUCAAUUUCAAAAUAAACUUACCUUCAAAAAACUAUGCAGUUGAUUAGGUAAAAUAUCAAAUACCUUGGCUUUAUACAUUUUUUUUUGUUUGUUCAAAUACAAGUCAAAGUACAUUUACAAAUCACUCUUCUUUGUUUUUAUUAGCAUUUUCUAUACUGUCCCAACUUUUUCGGAAUUGGGGUUGUAGUUAAACCCACACCAGUUACAUAUACACCAAAUCAUACAGUAUUUCUAGUUUAAUUUAGUAUUCAAUUGCAAUGGGCCUAAUGAGUGGCUUGAGUGACUGCAAACAGCAUGGUAGUACCAAUUGUACCAGUUCUAUCGAAAUGCAUGUUGUCCUCAACUUGUUUGUCUGAGCACUGAGUGGGAAAUAUAGACAGCUCUACAAUUAUAUCAACCUUUGGUAAAGAUGGAUAAAAAAGGGUUUAAAUAAUGUCUUUGUGUAACAAAACCAGAUGUCACCCCUACAUUUAGUACUUUGUGUAACCUCCUUUUACCAACAUAACAACAUGUGAGUGUUCUCCUAUAAUGUUUGGAGAUUAGAAAGCAAGAACUCUGAGAUGAUGCCUUAGUACAGAAUCUCUCCAGAUCCUUCAGAGUCCUAGCUCCUGUAUUGUAAAUUCUUUUCUUUAGCUCACCACACAUGUUUUCAGUAGGCUUUAGGUCAGGACAAGGACAUGAUUUUGUGGUCACUGAACUGUUUUUGUGUGGACUGUUUGUAAAGGAAAAUACAUUUGUGUCAUCUUCCAAGGUCAUUACAGAUCUGGUUGUUCCAAGCUUUUUUAUUAUUGUCCUAACAGGAUAUAGGUAUUCUUAAUUGUAUAGUUUAUAGCCAUUGCCUGAUUUAUGAAGGUUAACACACUUUUGUCUCAUUUCAUUUGCGUGUUCUCUAAUUUUCUACAUGUUGUUUUCUACAGGAAGUUUGGCCUCUGUGUCACUUCAUUUAUACUCCUGUGUCACUUCAUUUAUACUGUUUCACUGAAACUAUGGGUGACUGCUUAAGACUUCCUAAAUAUUCAGGAGAAUUUAUAAAAGUAAAAUACAAAAAAAAAUUGCUUCAGUUACAUUUUGUCCAUAAGAAUUCCAACUGUUGCUAACACUUUAUUUUAACGCUACUUGUUUUAUUUUGGCUAUACACCAAAGACAUUUGGGUGAGAUGAAUGAGACAAUAGAGUGGAAUUUCAGCUUUCAUUUCCUGAUAUUUACAUCCAGAUAUGUUAAACAACUUAGUCAGGGUCUUCAAUAUUCACAGAGCCCUGUAUGGCUGCAGGCUUUCAUUCUAACGAAGCAGGAGCCACACCUGAUUAUACCUGUUUAAUCAGCUCUUCUUUGUCUCCAAACAACUAUCAAGUGUGCCUCCUAUUUUUGGGCUCUUUGGGGAUAAGAUUGAAGACUUGGUGCAUGACACAUUUUUUUUUUAACCCAGCCAUUUUUCAAGUAAUCAGAAAAUACUGACAGGUGUUUCUUGUUGCCCAGGUGUGCCCUGUUAGAUUGUUUACAGGUGCAUGUGUUAAAAAAAAAAAAAAAAAAAAAAAAAAAAAAAAAAGUAUGGCAAAGUUGUUUUUUUUUUUUUUCUGUCAUUUAAAAAAGUGGAACUUGUCUAGAUUCAUUUCACAAAGUGAAAUAUUAUAAGCCGUUUUUGUUUUAAUCUUGAUAAUUAUGACUUACAGCUUAUGGGAAUCAAAAAUCCAGUAUCUCAAAAUAUUAGAAUAAGAAUUUAUAAUACAGAAAUGUCGACCUCCUGAAAAGUAUGUUAAUUUAUGCACUCAAUACUUGGUCAGGGCUCCUUUUGCACAAAUUACUGCAUCAAUAUGGCGUGGCAUGGAGGCAAGCAGCCUGUGGCACUGCUGAGGUGAUAUGGAAGCCCAGGUUACUUUGAUAGCGGCUGGGCUGUAUUGUUGGGUCUGGUAUCUCUUAUAGAUUCUCUAUGGGGUUCACAUCAGGCAAGUUGGCUGGCCAACCAGUUACUAGUAGUUUUGGCACUGUGGGCAGCUGCCAAGUCCUGCUGGAAAAGGAAAUCAGCAUCUCCAUAAAGCUUGUCAGCAGAUGGAAGGAUCUGCUGACAAAAUCUCCUCUAAAAUCUCCUGGUGAUUGACUCUUGACUUGAGAAAACACAGUGGACCAACACCAGCAGUUUACAUGGCACCACUAAUGGCAUCACUGACUGUGGAAACUUCACACUGGACAACUUGGAUUCUGUUCCUCUCCACUCUUCCUCUAGACUCUGGGACCUUGAUUUCCAAAUGAAUUGCAAAAUUUACUUUCAUCUGAAAAGAGACUUUGGAACACUGAUCAACGGUCCAGUUCGUGUUUUUUUUUUUUUUUUUUGCUUAGCCCAGAUAAGACUCUUCUGACAUUGUCUUUGGUUCAGGAGUGGCUUGCCAAUAGGAAUGCGACACUGCGAUAUUUCUGUAUUAUGAAUUCUUUGUUCUAGUGUUUUGAGAUAUUGGAUUUUUUAUUUCCAUGAGCUGUAAGCUGUAAUCAUCAAGAUUAAAACAGAAAAGGCUUGAAAUAUUUCACUUUAUUUGUAAUGAAUCUACAAUAUAUGAAAGUUCCAUUUUUAAAAAAUUUAAUUACGGUGAAAAUUUUACUUUUCCACGAUAUUCACAUUUUUUGAGAUGCACCUGUAAUCUUGGUUUGAGCCCUGGGUUUCACCACUGAAGUCUACAAUUGUUGUUUAAAAAGGAUGAACCAACAUGAAGACCAGCCAGUGAGCUGCCUAUGGGAGAAAAGCAAGCCAUUUUGAAGCUGAGAAAAGAUUGAAAAUCAGAGCCAUUGCACAAGCUUUGGGCAUAGCCAAUACAACAAUUUGGAAUGUCCUGAAAAAGACAGAAACAACCAGACAUCAAACAGGUCCGCCAAGGAAAACAGCAGCAGCUGAUGACAGAAACUUUGUGAGAGCAGUGAAGAAAAACAGACAAACAGAUGGUGACAUCACCAGCAACCUUCACAGGGCAGAGGUGAAGGUAUCGCGAUCCACAAUUUGAAGAAGACUAAGAGCACAGAAAUAUUGAGGCCUUACUACAAGAAAGAAAUCACUCAUCAGCAGUAAGAAUUGGAAGGCCAGAUUAACAAAGAUUAACUUCUACCAAUGUGAUGGAAAGCGCAAAGUGUGGAGGAAGAAAUUUAGCUUCUCAUGAUCAAAAACAUACAAGCUUAUUGUUCAGGCAUGGUGGAGGUAGUGACAUGGCUUGGGCUUGCAAGCCCAAGAAUUCAGAAGUUUACAGAAACAUUGUAUGGGAAUUUGCAGAGAUAUUGUGGUGCUUGAAAUUUUGUGAACCCUUUAGAAUUUUCUAUAUAUCUGCACAAAUAUGACCUUAAACACAAGUACUAAACGUAGAUAAAGAGAACACAAUUAAACAAAUUAGACAAAAAUAUUAUACUUGGUCAUUUAUUUAUUGAGGAAAAAUAUCUAAGGUCACAUAUUUAUGAGUGGCAAAAGUAUGUGAACCUAUAGGAUUAGCAGUUUAAUUUGAAGGUGGAAUUAGAAUCAGGUGUUUUCAAUGGGAUGGCAGUCAGGUGUGAGGAAGCUCCCUAUUUUACUUAAAGAACAGGAAUCUAUCAAAGUCUGAUCUUCACAACACAUGUUUGUGGAAGUGAAUCAUGGCAUUAACAAAGGAGAUUUCUGAGGACCUCAGAAAAAGAGUUGAUGCUCAUCAAGCUGGAAAAGGUUACAAAACCAUCUCUGAAGAGUUUGGACUCCACCAAUCCACAGUCAGAUUGUGUACAAAUUGAGGAAAUUUAAGACCAUUGUUACCCUCUCCAGGACGUGUAAUAGUCUCCGGGUUCACGAAGGAACCCAGGUCAACUUCUAAGCAACUACAGGGCUCUCUCACAUUAGCUAAUGUUCAUGAGUCCACCAUCAGGAGAACACUGAACAACAAUGGUGUGCAUGGCAGGGUUGCAAGGUGAAAGCCACUGCUCUUCAAAAAGAAAAUGGAUAUUUGUGGAUAGAUGAGGCCAAAAUAGAGUUUUUGGUUUAAAUGAGAAGUGUUAGCAGCUAAACAGCUAAACUACUGUAGCAGCUAAACCCAUAACUUAGUUGUGCCUCCAAUUGGCUAACAACACCAAACUAGUCUAGUUAUAAAAGUUUUAUAUUUUAUCGGUCUGGUUAGUCCUACAAACAGUGAGAACGCCUGAGGCAAGUUUUAUGAAAAAUCCAACUUUUUCUGAUCAUGUCAUACAUCGACAGUUACCCAAGUUACCUCAGCUUCCAUCAGGUUUAUCAUUUGCAUGGUCCUUGAAAAUAAAAUCCAACACUGCAAUAACAACCCAUACAGAAAUCACCGUUUACAAUAGAUAAUGCUUUACAAUUAACUCUGUUACAGCACUACAUGACUGACUAUCGUUUCAAUAAAAUAUCUUACCUGUUGCGUAAGAAAAAAGCCAUCUCCAGUUUUUGGUUCGUACAACUGGUGAAUUCCUGGAGGUUUGCUGUUUUGCAUGGUCCAUUGUCUCGCUCAUUGUGACAAAGUAGUGAUGAGACAUACGGGCAAAUGACGUAUGUAUGCUAUUUCCUGGGAAAUCUAUCCCGAUAGACCUAAAAUAUAAACACUUAUAAUAGGCUUACCUUGGGGCUGAAAUAGAACAUAUAGCAUCUUAACAUUAGCACAUUAAUUCUCACACUCAUAUGGGGUUCAGUUCAUCCACCAUUUACAUGCUUUUGAAGUUCAUGAUUUUCAGCUUUUUUGUAUCAUAAAAUACUCAGUUCUGUUUACAUCUUAUGUGUUAUCUACUUGAUGCUAGUGCAACAGGAGAAGGGGAUAAUAAUGUUCAGUGAUGUUCAGUCCAUUUUGUAAUUAUAUGCAUAGCUGCAAGUGCCGUCACACAGGAUUAAAAGCAAUUACCUUAAUGCACUACAUAAUGCACUUUUAUUUUUCAAGAAAUAAUAUGCAAAACAUCAGCAUGCUUAAAAAUCAGACAUUGCACAAAGUGAUUUGCAGUAAUAAAAAUGUUUUAUUGGUUUUGCACCAUUUAAAUCACCCAUAACUGCAAUGAAUUAAUCAUCUAAGUCUUUAAGCUGUUUUAGGCUUGAGUGGUAUAAAAAAGUUCAUCCAUACAUACACUCAACAAAUAUAUUAUUAGGAACACUAUACUAAUACUGUGUAGGGCAUCGUUAUGCUCUUAAAAUAGCUUAAAUUCUAUAUGGCAUGGAUUCCACAAGAUGUUGGAAACAUUCCUUUGAGAUUCUGGUCCAUGUUGGCAUGAUUUCAUGGUGCAAUUCCUGCAGAUUUUUCAGGUUCACUUUCGUGGUGUGACUCUCCCGUUCUACCACAUCCCAAAUGUGUACUUUUGGAUUCAGAUACUGUGACUGGGAAGGCCACUGAAGAACAUUGAACUCAUUGCCAUGUUCAUGAAACCAGUUUGAGAUGAAUUUUGCUUUCUGAUGGUGCAUUAUCAUGUUGGAAGUAGUCAUUAGAACAUGGUCAGCAACAAUACUCAAAUAGGCAAGCUAUGAUUGGUUGGUAUUAACAGG